AUGGGGGCAUCUUCCCUCAAAGCAGUCCCACGACCACGGGUCUGGAACCUUGUACAGCAACGAUUUAAAGAAAGCUUGCAUGAUGAGAAUGAUCUGGAGAUCUGUAUGGAGACUUUCUCCCUCGACAUCCUUUUGUCGCAACUAAAGAGCGUGGCGGAGGCUCACCGAAAUGAAAACAUUAUGCUGGCGAGUCUGUCCAGAUUUCGUCCAAGUCUGGUAUACUUGAAUGACUUCAUGACUGUGCUGGUCUUGUCGUUUUCCCUUGACGUCAAAACCGGCGCUCUACUGUGGGGUGGAAUCUGUCUUUUGCUAUCACUAUUGGCGCCCUUAGAAGAGAUCUUCAGCGAGGUCCAGGCUAUGCUGGAAGAGUUGAUUGCGGCGUUGCCUGGGAUCCAUCCGUUUGAAGAUAAUGUCAUUCUGGAUGAAAAGUUGGAAACCGCCAUGGUUGAGCUUUAUACUGAAUUAGCUGUGUUUUCAGCGCGUGCUAUCAGUUUCAUUCGCGUUCGGCGUCAGCAUUUGCUCCCAAUUCGGCAGUCAUGGCCGCAGUUUAGUCGUGAGUUUCAGCAUGUCCUCAAGCGGAUCCAGAUGCUAUCCCAACAAGUGGAUCGAGAGACUCAACGCGCAGCUACGACAGCGGCCUUAAAAUGGAACAAUGAAAUGAUCACGCUAUUCCAAUCGCUGAAUACCGGCCAUAAAGACGCCGGCCCAGAGCUACCUUGCUUUCACGUUCCUCUAACAUUAAAUGACCGCUUCUAUGUCCGCGAAGAUUUGUUGGACCAGAUCGCCGAUACCCUGAGCCCUAAAGCCGGUCGAUCGGGCCCACGUACCUUGGCGUUGUAUGGAAUUGGUGGUGCAGGGAAAACCCAGACAGCACUGCAAUAUGCCUAUCAUGCACGGGAUCACUAUGACGCAGUUCUUUGGAUUUCAGCCGAUAGUACCGUCAAAAUGGCACAAGACUACAUGACCGUCGCGCGACGUCUCGGUGUGGUGCCCGCAACGCAGGAGACUCAGGAUGCGUUCGGGGCCAUGGCGAAGAUGAAAUCUUGGCUCGCAGAUACAACAUGCUCCUGGCUGCUUAUAUUCGAUAACGCUGACAAUUUAGAAGUUCUGGACAAUGGUUGGCCACAUGGUGUGGUAGGGUCUAUCCUAAUAACAACCCGUGACUUCAAUGCCAGUCUACACCCUGCAUCACAGGGUAUCUAUGUGAAUGUCUUCGAUACCAGAAUGGGCACUGAAGCUUUACAGCGCCUUCUCGGGCCUAUCUAUCACGAUACCAAUAACACUUCAUUAGUUUCUGAGCUCAAUAAGACACUAGGGGGCUUGCCCCUUGCCUUGAACCAAAUCAGCAGCUAUAUCCGGCAGCAGAAGAUGAGUAUAAAGGACUUCCUUGUCCUUUACCAAAAUAACUGGGAUAAACUACACAAGAGACGGCCAGCAGCAUUUGAUUACCAGCACACAAUUGGAACAGUUUGGAAGCUUGCUUUGGAAAAGCUUACCGGCAAUGCAGCUGUGUUGCAACGCCUACUGGCCUUUCUUGAUCCUGAGGCUAUUGACGAAACUACCUUAUGCAAUGCCGCCUCUGCACUUUCCAACCAGACCCCAUUCAAUAACUCUAGCCUAAUGUUUCUGUCGGACCCAAUUGACUUUGAGGAUGCCAAAGCAGAGCUCCUCCGGGCCGCAUUGAUAGACCGUGACCCACGCACCAAAAGCAUUUCUGUCCACCGUUUGAUUCAACAAGCAACGUUUUCAGGACUUUCCCCUUCAGAUAAAGCUUACUAUUUUGAUUUGUGCUCCCAGCUUCUAUGCCAGGCCUUUCCAAGUUCAUGGACUGAUAAGGAGUCUGUUUGGGUAUAUCAUGCCUGGGAAGCUUGUGAGAAAUGCUUGCGACACGUAAUGUUCUUGGCGGAGAGGUUUGCGCAGGUUGGAGAAGGAUUGAAAUGUUUGGAUACGUUUGUUGAGCUCCUGCUUCGAUGCUCAUGGUAUUUGUAUGAGACUGAAUACUACGAGGAGAGUCAAAGCCUCCUUCAGGUGUGUCUGCAAGCCCUAGAGCGGAAGGGGGACACAAACUCUAGCAGAUAUGCACAAGCUCACAACGUGAUGGGAUUAGUGCAAGUCGACCUUCGGGAAAACACCAAGGCCCUGGAAAAUCUGAAGAAAGCGCUGGAGAUACGGGAGAGUACAUUACCCCCAACGGACUGGGGAAUAGGAGUCAGCAUCAGCAACGUAGGCCUCGCCUAUACGGAGCAAGGCGACCUCCCCCAAGCCAUGACAUACCUCCAGCGAUCACUCGAUUUCCGUAAGGCAAUCAACUGCCGAAUGGUGGAUAACUCCUACGCUAAUAUCGCCAGUUGCCUUUUGCGAAUGGGAAAGCCACGCGAGGCCGAAGCCAUGUACACUUCCGUCCCAGAUGUCCGCGACCUAACGGACGAGCAACUUCUGCGAGAAAGCUUACCUCGGUAUGCCAGUGGCAUGCAGCUAUUGAGUAUGGUGCGACAGGCUGAAGGUCAGCUAGAUGAAGCAUUAGACUUCGCCUCUAAAGUCCUGCAGUUCCGGCGACAGAAGUUCGGCGCUCGCUUUAAGACUUGUGAUUCACUUUGCCAUGUUGCCAAGCUCAUGGUCCUGACGAAGAAAUCUAUGGCUGCUCUACAGCUUCUUGAUGAAUGCAUCUCGAUUGCUAGCAGCUUGCCAAAGGCGGAGGGCUAUUUGGCUUUAGCGUACUUUCGCAAGUACCAGAUUUAUAAAGCGGAGGGGCAUGUAUAUGCAGCGGAUUGUUUGAGAGACGCUAUUCGCACAAAGGAAGUUGUUGCGGGUCGUCUGGGGAGUGACUAUGAUCCCACCCUGGCGGACGAUGAUGAAGCAGCGUAUACACAGCUAGUGGCGUGGUUACUUUGGUGA